UUAAAUAACAAUAAAAUCGAUGCUCCGACACACCUCCAGCUAUUAACAAAUUCACUCCUGUCUUUCCCCCUGUGUCUGUCUCUAUAUAUCUCCAUAAACAUUCCAACAUUCCAAACGCCUUGUUUUUGUGAACAUCAUAAUUAUAAUUAUAUGCAGAAAAACAAGAAAAACGUAAAGAAACCAUCAUCCUUAAUCCGACUACUGUUUCUGUAUCUUCACAACCCUAGCUAGGCCCAAUUUAAUCAAUAUGUCAGCAGCUGUUGCCGCCGCCGCCGCCGCCGCCAGCGUCUCAUCUAAAACCACUUCUUCUUCUCAUCAUCCAAGUAACCAGGCGCCGAACCAUGGCUGGAUACCCUUUUUCCAAGCACCGGCACAACGUGCACCGCUCCCAGCUUUGAGCCGCUACGAAUCUCAGAAGCGACGUGACUGGAAGGCGUUUGUGGAGUACCUGAAGAAGCAUCGCCCCCAGUUGGGUCUCUCCCGCUGCACCGGAGUGCAUGUGCUUGAAUUCUUGGACUAUCAGUUCGGGAAUACUAAACUCCACACACGGAACUGUCCUUUUUGGGGCAACCCUCCUGACCCACCAUCGCCAUGCUCAUGCUCUUGCCCUCUCGACCAAGCAUGGAGCAGCUUGGAUGGUGUGGUAGGGCGCCUCCGUGUAGCUUUUGAGGAGAACGGAGGCCAACCAGAGACCAACCCUUUCAGUGCCCAUGUUGUGAGGCUGUACCUAAGGGACCUCAGGGAUGCUCAAGCCAAGGCUAGAGGAAUUGCUUAUACCUUUUGAAGAAUAAGAUGAUAAAUGACGAUAAUGAUGAAAGCAUUUGGAUUGGACGUUGUUGUAGGAAACAAUUUGGGUGGUCCUGCUGCGGAAUCCCUGUAUGCAUUGUCUGUGAUGAACUAGAUUUAUGUUGUUGGUCACUGCCACUGGCAUUGGAGUAAUGUACAUUUAAUUUACAUCUUGUUUCUGUCUUAACGAAUCAGAGUACUGGAAGAAAA